AUGCCGGAAGUAUACACAGAACUAACAGCACCAACCUCCGUAUCCUUCUCUCUCAAGCUCCCCUUCACUUCUGCAACCUCCGAAAACGUCCUUGUCGCCAAAACCUCCCUCCUCCAAAUAUUUACUACCACCACAUACGAAACCGAACUCAACUCCGCCUUAGCAGACGCAAAGCAACCCGGCGACAUCGACCGAAGAAUCCUCGAUGCAGACGAGGAGCAAACCUUCGCAGCGGACAUUGCGCUACAACGCUCGCAAGUCGAGUCAGUCACGAAACUAGUAUUGGUAGCAGAGUACCCACUUUCUGGAUCUGUGACUGGUCUGCAGAGGAUAAAAUUGCUGUCUACCCGCUCGGGGGGUGAAGCGGUGCUGGCGUCGUUUAAGGAUGCCAAAUGCUCAUUGAUGGAAUGGGAUCCCGAGACGAAUUCGAUUACUACGAUUAGUUUGCAUUAUUAUGAGAGGGAGGAGUUUUGUUCGCCUGUGGUGUCUGAUGGAUUGCCAACGGAACUGGUGGCGGAUCCGGGAAGUCGGUGUGCUGCUUUGAGAUUUUCUGGGGAUAUGCUUGCUAUCAUCCCCUUCAGGCAGCGGGAGGAUGAAGAGCUUUCACUUGGUCGUGGAGAUGCUGAUGAGGUUAUGGGUGAUGAAGAUGGGGAUAAUGACGAUUGGGAUCCGGAGAUGGCGGGUACUGCACGCGGGGAGGAUACUAUCAUGGGCGAAGGUGACGUUAAGACAACUGACGCUACCGAAGGAAAAGAUAGGCCGUAUCAUCCUAGUUUUGUCCUCUCAGUAUCCCAACUUGACGACGCGAUUUCACAUGUUAUCUCUCUCACAUUCUUGCAUGAGUACCGGGAACCUACAUUUGGGAUAUUAUAUUCCCCGAGAAGAACCUGGACGGGUUUGCUCGCUGCAGAGGGGAGGAAGGAUACUAUUUCUUAUAUUGUUAUCACACUUGAUCUCGAACAGAAAGCUUCGACGCCUAUUUUGAGUGUGUCAGGUUUACCGUACGAUAUAUUCAAGGUCGUUCCACUGGCGCCCCCAACUGGGGGCAGUUUGCUGGUUGGUGGAAAUGAACUUAUUCACGUGGAUCAGGCUGGGAAGACCACCGGUGUUGCAGUCAAUCCAUUUUGCAGGCGGAGUACCGGUUUUGCAGGACUGGCUGAUCAAAGCGACCUAUGCUUGGAGUUGGAGGGAAGCCAAGUUGUUGAGUUGGAAAGCGAAGGUGGCGAUAUGUUGCUUUUUACGAAACGGGGUGAAGGAGUUAUUGUGGGAUUCAGGAUGGACGGUCGGAAUGUUAGUGGUGUUAAGAUUACCAAAUUAAAUAAUCACCCAGGGUCCAUAGUUGGUGGGAGAGUUAGCACCGCUGUUGGACUUGGUGGGAGAAGGCUUUUUGUUGGUUGCAUAGAGGGUGAUGCCCGAGUGCUUAAAUGGAGGCGAAAAGGCGAAAGAAAGAAAGCGGGAGAAGGUAUUAAAGAAGAAGUUCUAGAAAACGAAGACGAGGAUGAUGUUUAUGGAGCUUUGGAAGAUAUGGAUGAUGACCUAUACGGGGGUGGUGGAGAUUCAAGCUUCCGUAAAGAUUCCCUUACUAACGGCCGGAGGAAUAGUGAGGCGAAAUCUCAAGGAGAAUACAUUUUCCAAACUCAUGAUCGCCUGACAAACCUAGGUCCGUUUCGGGAUAUAACGCUUGGCAAACCAACCUUCCCAGAGGAAUCAAGGGAACGCCAGAAGGGCGUCUCCCCGGAAUUGGAGUUGGUGACCACCUCCGGCCCCUCUAACACGUCGGAGGACUCCGGGAUAAGCAUAAUUCGAAAGUCCAUCUCGCCCACAAUUGUUGGGCGUUUUGACUUUCCCCAAUGCCAAGCUUUGUGGACCGUCCGUGCUCGCUCAGCAAAUACCUCUAAUGCAGCAGUCGGGCUCGGCGGCGAGGAAGAUGACCGCAGCGUGGAGGAAUCGUUCGAUCGCUUCCUCUUCGUUACUAAAAAUGAUGAAUCGCAGGUUUUCCGUGUUGGCGAUACGUUUGAGGAGGUCCGUGGAACGGAUUUUGAGAGUGAGGGCGAAACCAUUGAGGUAGGGGUUGUAGGCAACGGGAUGAGGAUCGUUCAGGUUGUUUCUGAGCAAGUUAGAGUUUAUGAUUGUGAUUUGCAACUUUCACAGAUUAUUCCCAUGUUUGAUGAAGAGACCGGGGAAGAGGGACCUAAUGUUCAUAGGGCAAGGGUAUGCGAUCCCUAUAUUCUAUUAAUAAAGGUGGACGGGAGUCCUGCUGUGUAUAAGAUGGACUCGACGAACUUGGAGUUGGCUGAGGAAAGGGCCGAUGCAAUUAAAUUUGAUAAAUACCAAUCCGGUUGCAUAUAUGCUUCCACCAAGGGCAUCUUUAUACCAUUGGAUGCCCCUGUUGAGAAUGUGAAGGAUUAUUUAUUAUUCCUUCUCACUGUUGAGGGUGGUUUACAAAUAUAUGACUUGUCAAACCCUGUUACACCUUUAUUUAGCGCCGAAAGCUUCAACACCCUGUACCCGCUCCUCCGCACCGACAACCCUACCUCACCCACCGCCAAUCGCGAAAAGCACCGGUCAAAACAGUUAAUAAUUGAAAUCCUAGUAGCAGAUAUGGGCGAUUCGAUAUUCAAAGAACCAUACCUGAUCGCGCGAAGCUCGAACAACGACCUAACCUUCUAUAAACCCUUCAUCUCCUCCUCGCCUUCAACUCUGCGUUUCAUAAAGUCUCCCAAUCCGCAUAUAGCGUCAAACGAACUAAGCCUGAGUGCGGGAACCAAGAAUAUAUUCAGACCACUGACAGCCGUCUAUAACCUUGCGGGGUACUCCGCUGUAUUCCUUCCGGGGGCAGAUCCGAGCUUUGUUAUCAAGACCGCGAAGUCAAGUCCCCGGAUACACAAGCUCGCGGGGACCGGAGUUCGGAGCCUAUCUUCCUUUCAUUCUGCUGGCGCUGAUAGAGGGUUUGUGUAUGUUGAUAGUUUGGGCAUAGUGAGGGUGGCGCUGAUGCCUGCUGAGUUCACGUUUGAUGGGAACUGGGGGUACAAAAAGGUAACACCCGGCGAGCAUGUUCAGAGUCUAGCAUACUUCCCACCGAUGAACGUGUAUGUUAUUUCCACGAGCAAACGUCAGCCAUUUGAUCUCGCGGAGGAAGACGGUAACAUUGCGAAAGACGAUACAACCCUCCAGCCCGAAAUAGAUUCUGGUACCUUGAAACUUCUCUCCCCCCAAACCUGGACAGCGGUGGACGAGUACAAGUUCGCCCACAACGAGAUUGCCCUCGUUGUGAAGACCAUCUCCCUAGAAGUCUCAGAGCACACCAAGGAGCGCAAGCAGCUAGUAUCCGUCGGCACCGCCAUCUUCCGCGGCGAAGACCACUCCGCCCGCGGUGGCAUUUACGUCUUUGAGGUAAUCGAAGUCGUCCCGGAACCUAACCGCCCUGAAACCAACCGGAAACUAAAGCUCGUGACGAGGGAGGAAGUUAAGGGUACUGUUAGCGCCAUAUGUGGCGUGAACGGGUAUUUACUCGCCGCUCAGGGGCAGAAAAUCAUGGUCAGGGGUUUGAAGGAGGAUCAGAGUUUGCUGCCGGUGGCCUUCCUAGAUAUGUGCCUUUAUGUCUCUGUUGCUAAGAAUCUGGACGGGAUGAUCCUUUUUGGGGACUUUAUGAAGAGUGUUUGGUUCGCGGGAUUUUCCGAAGAGCCUUAUAAAAUGACGCUCUUCGGAAAAGACACACAAAAACUCGAAAUUAUUUCAGCAGAGUUCCUGCCAGACGGCAAUCAAUUAUAUUUUGUCGUCGUGGACGCCGAAUCGAAUAUCCACACAUUACAAUAUGAUCCCGAACACCCCAAAUCUCUUGCCGGCCAACGUCUAAUCCGCCGCGCAGACUUCUUUUCAGGCCACGAAAUAUCCACGCUAACCAUGCUCCCCUUCUCCCCAUAUUCACUCUCUGCAUCCUCCAAUUCCCACCUUCCCGCAGACGCAACAGACACUUCCCCAUUACACCAUCACCACCAAAACCAGCAACAACAACAAGAAUACUUUGUCCUAGCCGGUACCCAAACCGGUAGUCUCGCCAUGAUCCGCACGAUCCCGGAGACUGCCUACCGCAGGCUCAAUAUCGUGCAAGGGCAGAUUGUCAACGGCGAGGAGCACGUCGCGGGACUAAACCCUAGGGAGUACCGGGCUGUCGUUAAUUAUAGUGGUGGCGGAGGCGGAGGGGCUGGAGGGGGAGGAUGGGGUGGAAGUGGAGGGGGCGUGGGCGGGGAUACCAUGAGGGGGGUAUUGGAUGGCGGGUUGGUCUCUCGGUGGAUUGGACUCGCAGAGGGCAGGAAGGGGGAGGUUUCUGCUAAGGCUGGUUGUGGAGUUCAGGGGAUCAGGGGGGAUUUAAAGCGGGUUGUCGAGUUGGAGGUUGGAUAUUUAUAAGGUAUUUUUUCCUUUGUUACACUAUGACUGGGGGUUGGCUAUGAAUGAACCAUGCUUUCGGUUCGGUCGGUUGGGCAGUUGUAUAGAGUGUUGCAGAGAUAAUUUUAGGAGAAGCGGAAUUACUUAUUUUCCUGUCUAUCUUCCUGUUUCUAUCUAUCUACGCGGAAGGUUUACGGAAAACGGGAGGCAAUGAAUUAAGAGUGUUCCAGUAAAA